CCUCUCGUGGCUCGUUUGGCAGCCUGCUUCGUCCUUUGUCACCGAGCCGUGUUCUUCUCAUGCCUGAAAAUUUCGGCGGCGAUGUAAUGACCGACUCAUCCCUCCCUGAAAGUUAAGGUGGUGGUGAUGUGACGUGUCAUCGAGCACCGAUCUAACGUUCAUGUGCUUAAAGCCGGCUUCUGAGCCGAGCCGCUACUUCUUUGCUUUGGCUCAGUCGGUGACUAAUGGAGGUCUGUACUGAGCCGUAAAGAAAUGCUCAAGUUUCGUCGCCUCGUCUUCUCUGCCCCAGUCCUUUGGUGGAGGUAAGAUCAUUGCGAGUGUUGGAUCCUAGGAAUCAUACCGCUUUCGUUCCAAAACUGCAUUGGCUUCUCUCUCUCUCUCUCUCUCUCCUCUUUAUAUCCACUGCAUUGCUUCUCCGUUUCUUCAAUCCAAGUUGACUUGGACAGGGCGACUUAACGGACCAUAGAGGACGAGAGAGAGAAAGAGAGAGAGAGAGAGAGAGAGAGAGAGAGAGAGAGAGAGAGGGAGGGAGUGUGUGUUAAAAGAUUACAUCAUUGAUCGGAGCAGUGGAAAGAAGAAGAAAGGAACGAUCUUGAUGGGUCUUUCGUUGCCCUUUAGAGUUAAUUUGGAAUUUUAGAAUCAUCUCUUUGUUUGGAGGUCAGGGAGACUGUUGCGUGGUGCGCAUUAAAGAUGAUUUCUUUGCUCGUUUAGCGUCGACGGAUCGCGGGAAAGAUGAGGACCUUGAUUUUUUGGCUAAUAAACACCGGCAAGCAAAUUUCCAUCUUUGCCUCAAUGUUUUAUAUGUUUGUCUUGGAUCAAUAGGAUUCAUGUGACAUUAUUUCCAGCAGCAGGUUUCAGUUCUGGAGAUCAUUUCACGGAUUUCUCUGUGGUUAGUAUCAAUGGAUUUGAAGUGUAGGGUUUGUUUUAUUGAAGGUUAGAGGAGUACGUGAGGUGGAAAAGAAAAAGAUUCUUCUUUUCUUUGGUUGUCUGACAAAAGGAACAAGAUUGAUCCAAAAAACACUUUACAGAACUCAUGAAACCAAAAAGGAGAGAACUUUGAAGAACUUUAAGAUCCCUUCAUUCGGUUGUUAUUUCCCCUGAUGAUCAGAUAGGAGCAAUCGAGGCAAGAUUGGUAAGCUCAUGGUUCCAUUAUUUCUUCCAAGAACCUAUCUAUGCUUAAUUUCUCGGUUGUAGUAAGAAUUUUUCUGCCCAUAGUUCUAGUAUUCUACGAGUUCCAAUUCAUCCUUUGGAGAUGGGAGCAAAGGAGAGGAGGUCGCCUUUCCAUGUUUCUGAGAUUAAAAGAUUCAGGGUAUUGUGCUGCGGAAGAGGUCCAGAUCGGUCAGCAGCAAACAAGGCCUGAUGUCUGAUCCUGCUUCCCUCUUAUCUUCCAGUGCUGCCUCUCUCUUCACCUCUCCAAGGCUCCUUGUUGGCUUCUCCCCAAAGAGCACUGCAGACCCCGAAGCAGGCGCAUUGCAGACUUCCAUACUGGAGACCAAGCCGUUCUCUGCCAUUAGGAACCCCUUCUUCUUCUGUAGGAACUCAAUAAUGGCCAUCUUCUCAGCAACUGUUAGUCCCAUUUCUGCUAACGAGUGCAGACAGCUACCUCGGGAGAAUGGGGAGCCAAGAGCCAUUGGACUUGGCCUACUUGAGGUCCUCACCGCUGGAGACUCUGUUAAGAAAACUUCCAAGACAGAGAAGAGGAUGGUGGUCUUUGGGUCUCAGUUUAAGAUUCAAAUACCUCCUCUUCCUACCGAUCCUCCUCAGUUCAGCUCAACUCCGACAACAGACUCUGGCGACUCCCUUCAAUCACCUAUAGAGUUUGGCAUCAAGACUAGGAAUUCACUGUUGGCCUUGUACUCUCCUGCUCGGAGAUCUUCUGCUGAGACAGGCCGGAUGGGUUCUGAUACGCUGAAUUCUUCUCCCCGGGUUUCCACGGGGUGCCUUCCGCAGUCGGAGAUGGAACUGUCGGAGGACUACACUUGUGUGAUCUUGCAUGGGCCAAACCGGAGGACCACUCAUAUAUAUGAUAAUUGCAUCAUCGAGAGUUGCUGUGAUGGAUUUGCCACUUCAGCGAACGAGAUUGGGUCUUCUAAUGAUCAGUCAGGCUAUGCAUCAGAUGAUUUCUUGAGCUUCUGCUGUGGUUGCAAGAAGAAAAUUGGCCCAGGGGAGGAUGUUUACAUGUAUAGAGAGAGGGCGUUCUGCAGCAAUGAAUGCCACUACCAAGAGAUGUUUGAUGAAGGAAAGGAGAAGUGCUGAAUCACUAUUCCAAACUGUGAAUGAAAUCCUAUAAGCAGACUCACAUAAAUGGCUCCUUGUUUGCUAUCAUUCUCUAAAUUUGAUCGGGUUUCGGGAGCAUGGAGAAGCGAUUGUUUGUGUGUUGUUAGUAUCAUUUGCCUGCCGAGUGGAAUUUUCUACAGAGGAUUUCUUAGAUUGCUGCUGUUCCUCUCCGUAGGCUUUGUCUGAUUGAUGUAUAAACCUCAGAUCAAUGUUGUUUGGUGCAUGCUAUGUUUCAGAGUGAAAACCAAUCGAUGCGGUGCCUCUCAUUCUCUUAUGCUGCUAUCAGCAAACUUGGAUCAUGCAGCAUGUGUAUAGAAGAACGAUAAAUGCAUUGUAUCCUGCCUUAUCUAUUAGCCUCUAGAAAUUGUCAUACUGGUGUGAUUGUUUGUUUCA